AAAGUGGGCAGAAGCCACUAUAUAAACGUGCGCGUACGCAAGCCAUCACACUUACCAAGCGAGAUCGAGAGUGCAGACAUGGCCCGACUUACCAUUGCCGUCCUCGCCCUCAUCGGGUGCGCCGUAGCCGAGCCCCCGAGCUACCACUACUCCGCCCCCUCUUCCAUCCUCCUCGUCGGCGGCCAUAGCUCCGGUGGCUAUAGCUCAGGCGGCCAUAGCUCCGGAGGCUACAGCUCUGGACACAGCAGCCUCAGCAGCGGAGGCCAUUAUACCUCUGUCCCAGUCGGACAUCAGACCUCAGAAGGCUACCACAUCGACCCUCAUCUAUUAGACAAAAUCAAGCACAUCAUCCUUAAAGACGAAAUCCAUAACCAAGCUUACCAGCAAUCUUCUUCAUCCCACGGUCAUGGUGUUUCUUCCCACUACGGUCCCCCAGCCCCUGUAUAUGGUGUCCCUCAUGACAGAAUCGUUGGCAUCGAGUUGGACCACAUCCAACAAGGCCUACAAGUAGCUCAGUACCACCAGGCGGAGAUCGAUUCCGGUUACGCUGGCGGUUACUCCGGUGGUUACUCAAGCGGUGGCUACUCCACUGGAUCUGGACAUGGUUUCUCCAGCGGCGGUUACUCUGGACACUCCGGUCCCUCCAUCACGUACACCACCAUCGGUGUACCAUCAGGUUCCUACGGCGUCCCAUCCCUUUCAUCAACAUACGGAUCUCCUCAUCAUUAAAGUCAUCGCCUAAAUUAUAUUGUUGUAAAGUUUCUGUAAAUAAAAUACUUUAAAUGCUCGUU